UCGAAUACUUCUGCCAGCAAUAUACGCAAACUACAAGGAGUACAGAAUUUCGCUGCUCGCAUAGUUUCUGGGACAAGGAAGUUUGAUCACGUAUCUCCAGCCCUGAAAGACCUGAGAUGGAUAUCAGUUAAGUCCGACCUGUAUCUAAGAGACACCAUCUUAGCCUAUAAAUCUAUGACAGGUCAGGUACCAAACUACCUCAGUUCAAAUUUUAUCUCCAGAGGGAAUAUCAGCGGUCGGACGACCAGAUUAUCUUCCCAGCUUAAUAUACCGCUCAGUUUUAAAACCAAGUCGGGAAGAGAUCUUUUUAUUACAGAACUGUAACAUGGUGGAAUGCGUUAAAACCCCAUUUUAAAUUAAGUGAAUCUCUCAUCAUUUUCAAACGUAAAAUGAAAGCCUUCCUUUAAAUCAAUUUUUAUUGUCAUAAAUUUAUAUGUAAAUAGUUUCUUAAUAGUUUAUUGAUAAUCAAUUUGUGAUGUCAUAAAUUCUAUAUGCAAACAGUUUCUUUUCUUAUUGUAGCUAUUGAGCAUGUGCGUAAUUCUGGCCCCACCCAAGCUCUCGAUUCGUGGCGCUGACCAAAAGGAUCGCCUCUCCGGGUGCGAACAUGAAGCAAGUAUAACCAAUCUUUAAAUAUAGUAAAGUGAAACUACAGCGUUUGCGCCUUAUGCUGCUCACACCAAGGGCUCUGGGUCUGGUCCUCUGGCUAAAAGGAUAUUUGUCGGGAACAGGAGUGCAACAUGUGGCUGAUCAUGGUCUAGUAUAGGCAAAGGGUACCUCCAUACGAAAAAUUCCUAAAGCUACCCCGCCAGCCCUCUCUCCCUCUACUUAGUUUUGUUUUGUUUUGGGUAUUUUUUCAAACUACCGGCUCAAAAACGGCGCACUGAACAAUGUUGCGAAUUCAUAUUUUUCUCCAAGUUGUUAUUGUACUGAUCCAGGUCUGCAACUGAGAGAUCCGGCAACACUCAUUGGUUUGUCGCUGUGGACCUGCUGAUAUUUUGUAUAUUUAAUUUGACUAGGGUUUAAACUUGUUAUGGCUAAAAGAGAAAAGACAAACCCAUUACCCAUUACA